GUUACAGAUUUUGGACAAUGGUCAGCGGCGAAGUUGAGUCUCAGUUUAAUCUGAUAACAUCAGGAAAUGCACACAAAUUUAUUUCCAAAUUAGGUAGUAAUUUGGCAGAUUGGGAGCAAAGCAAAUGGAGAAAAAUUCUUAAAGUUGUAACGACAGCUAUAAAGUCGGACGAUGUGACGGACGAGCAGCUGGAGGUGAUUGAGAAUGAGAGCGAACAAGCUGUGUUUCUGGGACUGCUAGAUAUCUGUCAACAGACUAUCGCUUUCUCAGUCCAACUCUACCGCCAGGAACAUUUGAUCAAGGAUUUGACCUCACUUAACCUACCGAAUGCUCUGAUUGAAGAUCUGGUUCAACUGCUGUUUGUUUCGAAAAGGGAGGAGUUAUCAUCUGCAGUUGUGGCUAAUGGUCCCUGUGUAAAGAGACUAGCAGACGUCAAAUUCAGAAUCGACAUCAUUCUGUCCAACAACCGAAUGAAGAAAGUAUUGCAGCCUAGAGUGACUCUAUCAAUGGAACUGUCAGAUGGAUCUGUGCGGCAAGUUGAGCUGGACAACGAUUCCCUGCAAUUGCUGCGGUACAAAACAGCCAUGUGUCUCAAGGAAAUACAGCUAGUCAAAGCGCAGCCUAUUAUGGCGAACCCUUAACCAACUUGUGAAAGUACUCACUGGUGCUUUUUUUUUCAUAUGAAUUCAAAUAUAUUUAUCCAUUAGCUAGUAGAAUGUUUUUGAUAA